AUGAUCGAAUUUCUGUUAAUGGUCAACAAACAAGGACAAACGAGGUUAAGUCAAUAUUAUAACGGCCUCAGUAUUGAAGAGAGAACAGUUCUCGAAGGGGAACUCAUACGAAAAUGCUUAUCAAGAGUUGAUUAUCAGUGUUCCUUCCUACAGUAUAGGGAAUAUAAAAUUAUUUACAGAAGAUAUGCUAGUCUCUACCUAAUCGUAGGAGUCACUAAGCAGGAUGUAAACGAAUUCGCCAUACUCGAAAUGAUUCAUAACAUUAUUGAAAUCCUAGAUAAGUAUUAUGAAAAUGUGUGCGAACUAGAUAUCAUGUUUAACAUCGACAAAACCCAUUUUAUAAUUGAUGAAAUUCUAUGCAAUGGUGAAAUAUGUGACAUGAACAAAUCCAAUGUACUCCGGCCAAUUCUUUUAAUGGACAAGUUUUCCUCAAAAAUGUGA